AUGUCCGAAGGCCAUUCGGUCACCUCCAACGGCCAACAACUAAUGCGGGCUAAGCGUGGAGGCCCCAAACCCAAGGGGCGUGCCUCGGAGAAAAAAGACCUGCGAACCAGGCUGACUAAAGUGGCCGAGCAAACUGGUGUGGUACUGAACGAAACGGAGUUGGCCAUCAUGCGACAGCUACCAUCUAACGCUUAUAUCGAGGUUUGUAAGCGCUGGAUACUGCUAAUCAAGCUCGGGAGGUUCGCGAGUGGCCAAGACGCACCAGUGGUGGCUGCAGAAUGGUAA